AUGGGCAGAGAGCCGCAGAAUUCCAUCGAGAUGUCUCUCGCGAGAGCGAGAGCGAUGAUUCCGAGACCUCUGAAAGACUGGCAUCCCUAUCGUCGAGCUCAACUGGCUCAUCUCGUUUUUUGUGCGAUGGGAAUCGGUGUCUCUAUGUAUGCUCUCUACGUAGAGGUGAACAAAAUCACAACACCAGCUUACAAGCCGAUGUGUGAUAUAUCGGAACACGUCAAGUGCUCUCGCGUUCUAGUUUCUGAAUAUUCCCGCGGAUUCGGACUCCUCGGAAGUUUUUUCGGGGCAGACUCGCCGCUAAACAUGUCCAACUGCGCCUUCGGCAUCGUAUUCUACAUGAUUGUUUUCUGCUUGGGUUUCAUCCACCAACCGACUGUACUCUACCUGACCGUCUGGUUCGUCGUAUUGGCUUACGUCAUGUCGAUGUAUCUCAUGGCCGUUCUCAUAUUCGUCCUGAGCGACUUCUGCGUUGUCUGCGCCACGAUCUACGCCAUCAACACCUUGUUAAUGCUGGCUACGUUUUCCCGCUACUCAUGUAGUCCUAAAAUCGCUCAGGAAAAAUUAUACAAGAGUCAGAAGAAAUACAAUUGAGCUGGCAUGAGAUGCAGUCGAUGAUGAUUGAUGCACGAGGACUGCUCGCAGUGGCUC